GCUCCUGCAUCAUUCUGCAAGUGUACAUGCUUCUCCAACAGCACUAUCAUUCCUCUUGAUCCCGAAAAGCCAAACUCCGUUUCCACACUGAGCAGUCUCUUCCAUCUUCGAAGUCACGAUGCCACAAAUAUACUGAAUAGCCGAGCUAAGAACUACCGGUCUUUGAGCUGCAACGACUGCAAUCGGAAGUUCUGCUUGGACUAUGACUUGCCUACUUGUAAAGGGGCAAAGGAAGAGGACGUCUUUACCACAUGUUUUCAACGAGAUUCCAGAAAAGACCAAGCCAUCGUCUUCAUCUUUAUGAUUGCAACGGGCAGCCUCUUGACCUGGGCAAUUCUGAAGCCUUGGGUCGAGAAGUGGCUGGAGGCUGCAAGAGAACGACGAUCAUAUAUACCUAUAUCAGGCAAUGCAGGUUCCUAA